AUGGCCCAUCAUGGCGACAGCUACGACUUCCAGAUAUCGACUAAUGCUCAACUCCUCCGAGGUUUCCGUGUUGCGGUAUCUGCCCCUCCGCCACCAGUCACGGUGCACCCUCAACGUAUCGCGACUGGCUUUGCGGACAUGGAAUGGGUGAACACACAGUUUUGGCACUUACCAGAGGAAGAUGGUGCUCGCUUCCGCCUACUCCUUACAGCCAUCUUGAUCACGCACUGGUGGAAUCAAAGGAUGAACCAUCCAGAUGCAUCGACUCUGCUCCAUCAGUUUAUCCUCGGCCAUCGUUGCGCUUUCUGCAACGCCCCAGUGACCACGCUACAAGCCGGGAUAAUUUGUGUUCGCAACCAUAUAAACUACUAG